AUGUAUCACGGUGCGCCUACGCCGCCGCAGCGUCCCAAAAUGGCGUCCAUCGUGUACGUGCCAAGCUCUCAACCAAACCCAGUGGCCUACUACACUGCGGAGUCGGUCAUUAAUCCGCAGUCUAUACAACAGCUUCCGCAACAUCAAGUUCCGCUUGUAUACCCAGACACCUCGACCCAGCAGCGCAUGCAGGCACCACAGCCGCAGGUGCUCAUCUCUGAGAGCUUUUCUACCGAGGCGACCCCUUUUUACGCUUACCAACCGGCGCCGCACGAAACGAGCAGCAGCACCAGCAGCCUAGUCUGCCUCGUUCCCACGGUCACCGCUACCAAUUCGCCGCAGCUGCCGAUGCUGAUUCAGUCGCUCGGUUCUAGCACCAUCAGCUUCCAUUCCGAUCCGGCUUUGCGAACUCAGGAAACGCACGCUACACCACAGGUGAUGCAGCAGAUGCUGACAACAGACUACAUGCAGGUCUCGAUGGAGACCCCGGUGCCUCUGUCGCAGUCCGCGGUCGACCCUGCCGCCAAGACAAACGUGGUGAACUCUUCUGAGGUAUGCCGUCACUACAUUAAUGGCCGCUGCAACCGCCGCAAGUGUCGUUUUCUUCACCCUGGCGUGCGUAGCCCACUCAUGCCCUCCCACGUACCCUAUACGCCUUGCGAUUUAACACCGAUCAUGAAAACCCCGUCGUUCGCCCAAGUGUCUCCGUUGACACCAUACUCCUCUCUUUCAACAGCUUCGGUGAAUAGCUUCAGUGUUCCCCCUUCCACUUCGUGGGAAACCAUCCUGUGGUGA